AUGCGCGCCAUCGUAUAUGCAGGCUUUGCGGCCCUCCUUGGGCAAGCCUUUGCACAAACUCCCACCUAUCAGGGACAACUCCUCAUCCAGCCCGUUGCCAGCAACUCCAAGUGCCUCCAGAGCCAAAACGGCAAAAACAACGGCUCACCAAUCAUCCUUGCGGAUUGUAAUGGCUCCAUGGACCAACUCUUCACCUUUCAGAAUGGACAAGUUACCAUGUAUGGUGGCUCGAUGUGUCUCGAUGUGACAGACGGUGUUAACGCAGACGGAACAAAGCUCCAAAUCUGGCAAUGUUAUCGAGGAUCGGCAAAUCAGGCUUUCUAUUACAACUCAUGGGAUUAUACACUCUCAUGGAAUGGUAAAGGGAAAUGCGUGGAUCUGACGGACUGGAGUUUGGCCUCGGGAAAUCGAAUUCAAGUGUGGUCUUGCAGUCAAAACAAUCAGAAUCAACUUUGGCACGUCGGUUACAUGGCAUCUGCUCUCCCUCAAAAGUCGCAAAACGGUCAGAGUGGCCAGAACAACUGCGGCACUGGCGCUGCCAAAGAUAACUGCCAGACCCUCUGGAUCAACUCGAUGGACGACUUUUGCCUGUGGGGUCCUCCCAACAAGGCCAAUGUUGGAGAUGCAGAACGUGACAUGGUCACCUAUUGUACCAAACCCGGUCACGGCGGUCGUAUUAUGCCCGCAGGUACUCUCAAGGGCGUCCACUUUGUCAAGACGAAAGACUAUGUCCAGAUCACCGGCGUUGGUGAUUUCACUAAGAUUAACGUCAAGAAUAAGGAUGAAGGAGGCGAACUUGAUAACCACGGUGCAGAUGGCAAAGGAAACCCGAUUGGUGGCUUGGUCUAUGGCAACAGCUUUGGACAGAAUCUGCAGUAUCAUGAAUGGACCGAGUUCCUUUCGUACAAUGAGUUCUGUAUCCGCGCCUGCAUUGGCCCGAACGCUCGGAACCACUGUUUCAACGAAUACGAUGAAAUGGGCUGCACCUUCAACAUGCCUGCAAACUAUGAUAAAGGCAUUUUCGAAUCUUGCCAGGGUGAAGAUUCCCUUCCAGUCGGACUUUACGGUACUUCUAGGUGGCACCAAGGCGUGAAACCGACGCCAGCACCACAUCCGGUGCCGCCAUCUUCGAGCUGCGUCCGGACUUCGACGGUUGGCCUCGGAUAUUGA